AUUUAAAUUCAGCUCAGUAUCAAACACUGAGAAAAGUAUUUUGUUAGGCUCAGCGCCGGCUGCCUCAGAUAUACAAUAAGCUAUGGACAUGCCAGUGCAUGAGGAUCAAGCUGGCCAACAAGUGGAAUCAGUUACUUCCACUCUUCCUACUGAGCAGCUGAUGAAAGCCUCCAGCAGCAUGACAGAUCCUCCUAGCCCACUGCCUGUCGUGGUCACAGCUGACCUAGGCAAGGAAACAGAGAGCACCACUCUCCCCACCGAGCGACUGGAAAACCAGCACGGAAGCCAGAGCGAGCCAUGCGGGCCGCUGCCGACUCCAGCACCAGGUGCGGCCGACUGCAAGCCAGAGCCGGGCGCGGCCGAGCCGGAGCCAGAGCCGGGGCAGGAGCCGGAGCUGGAGCCGGAGCCGGCCCCGACGCCGGCGCCGGAGGAGCUGCCGACCAUGCUGCCGACCGGUCAGCUCGGUCAGCUGGCCGAGCCGGACCAGUCGUGUUUCGUAUGCGGCCAGCGCUGGCAGCGCAGCCUGCGCUUCCGGCUGCAGCGUGACGUGUUCAUGUUCGCGCUGCCGACGCGGCCGACGCCGCGGCGCGACUGGCUGCUCUCGCUGCACUGGAGCCGCUCCUCGGCACCCCCCGCCGACGCGCAGCUCUGCUCGCUCCACUUCGCGCCCAGUGACUGCCGGCCGGUGCUGGGCCGGCCGGGCACCGCCCAGCUGCUGCCCGUGGCUCUGCCACGAAGGCGCUACUUCGACGGUCCUGAGUCGGACUGCUGGCGGCCGUGCUCGUACCCGCUGUGUCGCGGCCAGCGGUCGUACCUGUGCUGCCUGCACUUCGCGCCCAAGUGGUUCCGCUGGGAGAACCGCGGCCGGCCGCGCCAGACGCCCGAGCCGCUCGGCCAGCCCAAGCUGGACAAGUACGCCGAGCCGACCAUCUUCUCGACGUCGGCGCUGAUCGCCGGCCUGAAGCUGGCGCUGGAGAAGGACCUGACACUGCAGGCAGAUCUGCCUGACGAGGAGACGGAGCCGGCUGACGGCGAGCACCAUCCGUCCACCAAGCAGGGGCCGGAGGAGCCGCGCUGCGACUACCCGUACUGCUCGCCCGGCGACAGCGGGGUGCUCUUCACGCUGCCGUCGGCCGAGCGAGGUGCCGGACAUGACGCUGACUGCAGUGUGGCACUCCUCAGCUCGCUGCUGUGCUCCAACCACUUCAGCGAGGAGAGCAUCACCCGGACGGAGGUGGACGGCGAGACGGUCAUCACGCUGGACGACAAGGCGGUGCCGCACGUUGAUUGA